AUGGAGAUUCAAAAUGCAUUUCAAAUUCAAUGGGACAAAACGCCAUACCAAGCAUUUACGGAAUAUUUUUUCGCGAAAAUUCCGACGCACGGCAGUAAUCUGGCCAUUGUUGAUGUCGACACAGGACAAGCUAUUUUUGUUCACCUUGCUUGCUCUAUGAUAGGAUGUACUGCAGUGGCUGUGAAUGGUUGGGGCACUGUGGAUGAGAUCUGGCAAGUUGUAGAUUUAGCCGAGGCAACACACUUAAUUGUAGAAUCACAAUUCAUGCAAAAGGCUGAUGACGUUCGAAGGAAAGCUCAGAUGAGAGGAGGAGGGCGAAUCAAGCAUGUACGAGCGAUUGACGACGUUCUCACAACGGAUGCGAUCGAAGCAAAGAGGAGACUUUCCAGGAACCCUCUCGUCAAAGAGGAGUCAACAAAUAAGAUUACCAUUCCGAGAAUUCCUUCACCUGAAGAUGCACGUCCGGAUGUCUGCUCUCCGCUAUCCGAUGGAUCCGAAGCAAAAGAAAACGGAACGGAGGAGCCAACAUGCGAGAGUCCAACGGAACCGCCUACUCCUCUAAAUCCAGUCGCAGGGCAAAAUCCGUUGUUGAUGUUCUUUACCAGUGGAACAACAGGACUUCCGAAGUUUAGCUUAUCCUUCUUGUUAUGA